GCCCAUGCAUCAUACUUUCAAAAGACUCGUCUUCUUGUCUGUUCACUUGGUAUAAAAAACACUAAAGACUCAAAAAAGCAAAAGCAGAGAGACAGAGAAAAAGCUCUAACACCAAAUCACACAAACAAAAAUCACAAAUCAUCUUUCAAUUUCCCAUCAAAAAGCAAAAACCAAAGCGGAAAACACACCCAUUAAGCAAACUCUAAAAAGCAAUCACAAUGCAAAUCAAAGCCAUCAAAAUCCCACUUGUUAUAUACCCUUCACUCCCAUUCCUCCUUUCCUUUUCACUGCUACACCAAUCAUGUCAAAUGAGAUUGUUCCUGUUGAUCCCAUCUUUGAAGAAGAACCCAAAACCAACAAAAAACCAAUCAUUGCCCAAGAAGAAGAAGAAGAAAGUAAGGGAGUUACAAGGUCACUUACUUAUGGUGAAAGUAGCAGUAGUGGAAGUGGUGGGUAUGUUUCUGAAGUGUUUAACAGUGAAAGACUGCCUCCUACUUUGGCUUCUGAAAUUCAAAAGUUUCUUAGAGUUGCUAACAUGUUGGAAUGGAAAGCUCCUCGUGUUGCUUAUCAUUGUCGCUUUCAUGCUUUUGAAAUAGCGCAUAACAUGGACCGCAAUUCAACAGGAAGGGGUGUUCGACAGUUUAAAACUUUGCUCCUUGAGCGGCUUGAACGUGAUGAGGAAAUUACCAAAACAACAAGGCAGGAAUCGAGUGACUUACGAGAACUUAAAUAUGUUUAUGAUGAAAAUAGGAGAUAUAUCACGCAACACACUGGAGCAUUUGAUUUGGAAAAUAGUCAUGGGGAGAAGUUGAUAGAUGCAUGCAGAAUUGCUUCAGUGUUGUACGAAGUAUUAAAAACACUUUCAGCUGGUCCUCAGGCCCUUGCUGACAGAGAUAGCGUCCAAGAUAAACCAGAGUUGUUUGCCUACAAUAUUCUGCCACUAGACCAUGGAGGUAUUCAGCAAGCAAUUAUGAAAUUCCCUGAGAUUAAAGCUGCUAUUUUAGUUGUUCGUAAUGUCCGUGGUUUACCCUCAGCCCAAAACUUUCAGAAACGUGGGGCUUUCUUGGAUUUGUUUGAAUUUCUUCAGUAUUCUUUUGGGUUCCAGAAAGAAAGUGUAGCCAACCAAAGGGAACAUCUUGUUCUACUCCUUGCUAAUGUCUUCAUUCGGCAACCUCAGAAGCAAUCAUCUGCCUCGAAGCCAGUUGAUGCAGCUAUUGAUGAGCUAAUGAGAAAGUUUUUCAAAAAUUAUACAAACUGGUGCAAAUUUUUGGGCAGAAAAAGCAAUAUCAGGUUGCCUUGUGUCAAACAAGAUGCCCAGCAAUAUAAAAUUCUAUAUAUAGGGCUUUAUCUUCUUAUUUGGGGAGAGGCUGCAAACUUGCGACUUAUGCCAGAAUGUCUUUGCUAUAUUUUCCACCAUAUGGCAUAUGAAUUUCAUGGUAUGUUAACUGGUGCUGUUAGCAUGACAACUGGUGAUACAGUCAUGCCAGCAUAUGGAGGAGGCCAUGAGUCUUUCCUUAGCAAUGUGGUUACCCCCAUAUACAGAGUCGUAUAUGAGGAAGCUGAGAAAAACAAAAGUGGAACGGCUGACCAUUCUACAUGGAGGAAUUAUGAUGACUUGAAUGAGUUUUUCUGGUCUCCUGAUUGUUUCCAAAUAGGUUGGCCCAUGCGUCAGGAACAUGAUUUUUUCUGCACACAAUCUCCUAAGAAGCGCAAGGCUAAGAUUUUUAGGACUGCUAGAGAAAAGAGGAAGGAAAAAAGAACUGAAGAUGAAGAACAGGGGUUAAAUGAUCAGGUAACUUUGGAGGAGAAUCGUGAACCAAAAUGGUUAGGGAAGACAAAUUUUGUAGAGAUCCGUUCCUUUUGGCAAGUUUUUAGGAGCUUUGAUAGGAUGUGGAGCUUUUUUAUACUAUCCCUUCAGGCAAUGAUAAUUAUGGCUUGCCAUGAUGUUGGAUCUCCACUCCAAGUGUUUGAAGCAGUAAUAUUGGAGGACAUUAUGAGCGUCUUCAUUACAUCUGCGAUUCUUAAGCUCAUACAAGCAAUUCUUGAUAUUAUCUUCACAUGGAAAGCAAGAAAUACAAUGGAGUUAUCUCAAAAAAGGAGACUAGUCCUAAGGCUUGCUUUUGCAGUGAUAUGGUCCAUUGUUCUUCCCGUUGUUUAUGCUCAUUCUAGGAGGAAAUAUACUUGUUAUUCUGGACAAUAUGGAAGCUGGCUUGGAGAAUGGUGCUAUUCCUCCUUUAUGGUUGCUGCAGCAAUAUACCUAAUGACUAAUGCAGUGGACCUCGUCUUAUUUUUCGUUCCUGCUGUUAGCAAGUACAUAGAAAUCUCAAAUUGCCGCAUGUGCAGAACUAUAUCUAGGUGGACACAGCCUAGACUAUAUGUUGGGCGGGGAAUGCAAGAGACCCAAAUUUCGCUUUUCAAGUAUACAUUUUUCUGGAUAUUAGUGCUGUCAACCAAAUUAGUGUUCAGCUAUAGUUUUGAGAUAAAACCCCUAAUAGCACCGACAAGACUAAUUAUGAAAAUUGGUGUGCAAACAUACGACUGGCAUGAGCUUUUCCCCAAAGUCAGGAGUAAUGCUGGUGCUAUUGUGGCUGUGUGGGCGCCUAUAAUAGUUGUGUAUUUCAUGGACACACAGAUCUGGUAUUCUGUUUAUUGUACAGUCUGUGGAGGACUUUAUGGCAUUUUGCAUCAUCUUGGUGAGAUCCGGACAUUAGGAAUGCUGAGAAGUAGAUUUCACUCUUUGCCUUCUGCAUUCAACCUUUGUCUUAUCCCACCGCUAUCAAAAAAGGGCAAGAAUAGUAGAACAAAAAGUUUCUUCCAGAACAUAUUUUGCAAGGCGUCGAAAAGUGAAGUUUUAGAUCAGAAGUUUGUUCUAGUCUGGAACCAAAUUAUCAGUGCUUUUAGAUCAGAAGACUUGAUAAGCAACAGGGAAAUGGAUUUAAUGAUGAUACCUACAUCAGGGCUAUUUCCUGGAAUUAUUUGUUGGCCUAUUUUCCUUCUUGCAAAUAAGUUUUCAACGGCACUGAGCAUUGCAAGAGAUUUUGUGGGGAAGGACAAGAAGCUUAAUAAAAAGAUUCGAAAAGAUGAGUUCAUGUACUUUGCUUUAAAGGAGUGCUAUGAGUCAGUGAAGUACAUCCUUGAAAUUCUUAUUGUUGGUGAUCUGGAAAAGAGGGUUGUAUCCAGCAUUGUGAACGAAAUUGAACAAAGCAUUAAAGAGUCAAGUUUUCUUCAGGAUUUCAAGAUGAGUGAGCUCCCAGCUCUACAAGGCAAAUUUGUUGAGUUGCUUGAAUUGCUAGUUGAGGGAAAUGAAAACCAAUAUGGUAAAGUUGUGGAAGUUCUCCAAGAUAUCUUUGAGCUUGUAACAAAUGAUAUGAUGGCCAAUGGUCACAGAAUAUUGGAUUUGAUAGAAUCCUCACAACAACCAGUGCAUGAUUUUACUGUUUUCUCUAGAAGGAUUGAACCACAGUUAUUUGAAUCUGCAGCUAGCAAGACUUCUGUCUAUUUUCCUUUGCCAGACAAUGGCCCUCUGAAUGAACAGAUUAAGCGUUUGCAUUUAUUACUUACUGUCAAAGAUAAGGCAAUGGACAUACCUGCAAAUUUAGAAGCUCGAAGGCGUAUUUCAUUCUUUGCUACUUCACUCUUUAUGGGUAUGCCUAGUGCUCCUGAAGUACGCAGUAUGUUGUCUUUCAGUGUUAUAACCCCGCAUUACAUGGAGGACAUCAAUUUUUCAAUGAAGGAGCUACAAUCAAGCAAAGGACAAGUUUCUAUCAUCUUCUAUAUGCAAAUGAUAUUUCCAGAUGAGUGGAAGAACUUUUUGGAGCGAAUGGGAUAUCAAAGCUUGAAUGAACUAAUAGAAGAUGGCAAGGAGGAAGAAAUUAGAAAUUGGGCUUCUUUCCGGGGCCAAACACUAAGCAGAACAGUUAGAGGAAUGAUGUACUAUAGAGAAGCCUUAAAAUUACAAGCACUCCUUGAAAAACCUGAGAAUAAAGAUAUUCAUGAGGAUGCUAUUGAAAGAAAUAAUCCCAAGUUAACUGCUGAAUUAGAUGCCUUAGCAGACAUGAAAUUCACGUAUGUUAUCUCUUGUCAAAUGUUUGGAUCACAAAAUUCUUCUGGAGACCGUCGUGCGGAAGACAUUAAGGAUUUGAUGAGAAGGUAUCCAGCUCUACGCGUUGCAUAUAUUGAAGAGAAAGAAGAAAUAGUAGGAGAUAAGCAUCAAAAGGCUUAUUCUUCUAUAUUGGCAAAAGCUGUUGGCAACUUUGAUCAGGUAAUAUAUCGCAUAAAACUUCCUGGUCCACCAAUCAUUGGUGAAGGGAAACCUGAAAAUCAAAAUCAUGCCAUAAUCUUCACACGUGGAGAAGCUCUCCAGACAAUUGAUAUGAACCAAGACAAUUAUUUUGAAGAAGCUCUCAAAGUGAGAAAUCUUCUGCAAGAAUUUCUUCAAAACCAUGGUCGGCGCCCUCCCACAAUACUUGGCCUAAGGGAGCACAUAUUCACUGGAAGUGUUUCUUCUUUAGCAUGGUUUAUGUCAUAUCAGGAGACCAGCUUUGUCACCAUCGGUCAAAGGCUUCUUGCCAAUCCUCUCAGGGUACGCUUUCACUAUGGGCAUCCAGAUAUAUUCGAUAGGUUGUUUCACAUAACCAGAGGAGGCAUAAGCAAAGCAUCAAAAACAAUCAACUUGAGUGAGGAUGUUUUUGCUGGAUUUAACUCAAUCUUGCGACGGGGAUGCAUCACUUAUCAUGAGUACCUGCAAGUUGGCAAAGGUCGUGACGUAGGCCUAAAUCAAAUCUCGAAAUUUGAAGCCAAAGUGGCUAAUGGCAAUAGUGAACAAACUUUAAGUCGUGACAUACACCGACUUGGACGUCAAUUUGAUUUUUUUCGGAUGCUAUCUUGUUACUUCACAACCAUUGGGUUUUACUUCAGUAGCCUGAUUUCAGUACUUGGAAUUUAUGUGUUCCUCUACGGACAACUAUACCUUGUUCUUAGUGGACUGCAAAAGACACUCCUCGUCGAGGCUAGAAUGCAAAACAUAGAAUCAUUGGAAACUGCUCUUGCUUCCCAAUCAUUUAUCCAGCUUGGGCUUUUAACCGGCUUACCGAUGGUGAUGGAGAUUGGACUUGAGAAGGGAUUUCUUACAGCCCUUAAAGAUUUUGUUCUUAUGCAACUGCAGCUUGCUGCUGUUUUCUUCACAUUUUCCCUUGGAACAAAAACCCAUUAUUAUGGUCGAACAAUUAUGCAUGGGGGAGCAAAAUAUAUACCUACUGGACGUAAGGUUGUGGUGUUUCAUGCCAGCUUCACUGAGAACUACAGAUUGUAUUCAAGAAGCCACUUUGUUAAAGGAUUUGAGCUAUUGCUCCUGCUAGUUGUUUAUGAUUUGUUCAGGAGGUCCUACCAGAGCAACAUGGCCUAUGUUUUAAUCACUUACUCUGUUUGGUUCAUGACCAUAACUUGGUUGUUUGCACCGUUUUUAUUUAAUCCUUCUGGAUUCGAUUGGGACAAGAUAGUAGAUGAUUGGAAAGGCUGGAAUAAGUGGAUCAAGGAGCAAGGGGGUAUUGGAAUUCAGCAAGAUAAGAGUUGGCAGUCUUGGUGGAAUGAUGAACAAGCUCAUCUUCGUCGUUCAGGGUAUGGUGCUAGAUUGCUUGAAAUUCUUCUGUCUAUUCGGUUUUUCCUGUAUCAAUAUGGUCUGGUCUAUCAUCUUGACAUCUCCCAACAGAGCAAAAAUUUUCUGGUUUAUGUGCUGUCCUGGGUUGUUAUUCUUGCAGUUUUCCUGACAGUUAAGGCAGUGAACAUUGGAAGGCAACUUUUCAGUGCUAAUUACCAUCUGAUGUUUAGGUUCUUUAAGGCAUUCCUCUUCCUAAGUGUUUUUGCCAUUGUAAUCACUCUCUCAGUCAUCUGUGAACUGUCUUUGAAGGACGUAAUUGUCUGCUGUCUUGCAUUUCUGCCAACUGGAUGGGGUUUGAUACUGGUUGCUCAAGCUGUGAGGCCCCUUAUUGAAAAUACCGGAUUCUGGCACCUCACCGAGGUCCUGGCUCAAGCAUAUGAUUAUGGAAUGGGAUCGGUUCUUUUUGCACCAGUUGCUAUUUUGGCAUGGCUCCCAAUCAUAUCAGCAUUCCAAACUCGAUUUCUUUUCAACCGGGCUUUCAAUAGGCAUUUGCAAAUCCAACCAAUUCUUGCAGGAAAGAAAAAGCAGACAUGACAUUAUAAGCAUCCUGGUAAUUUAUUUGUACAGUCAGAAGUCUGUUUUACAAAUUUUCAUCGUAAAACAGCAAAACAUUUAAAAUAUAUAUAUUUUUGUAAAGAACACUGAUUCAUUCGAUUACUGGUAUAAACAAUUAAAAAUACAAGUUAGAAAUUUUAAGAAACUAACCUGGUAAGCAGCUGUUUCAUGUUUUAAUCUAUCCAGCUCUCAUUGGUGAAUGAGUCAAGCGACUCAGCUGCUUAGAAUUGAUAUAUAAUCUUUUUUGUCAAGUGAUCACUUGCACAUGAAGUUAGCAAAUAAAGUUAGGUUUCCAAUCAAAUGUAUUACUAGCGAUCAUGAAAAAUAAAACUCAAUCUGAGUUCAACUCAAACUUCCGACCUCAAAUUCUCUAAUCGAAUCGAGCUGCAACACCACAACGUAUGUAUCAAGUUGGGUUGGUUCGAUUUGAUUAACAUCCUUAUUUCACAAUCUCUUCUUUCCCUCCUAUAUUUAUUUUUUCGAAAGUCCAAAAAGCAAAAAGCAUUAGAUCUCCCUUACAUCUGUUUUUCAUUCUCGUAUGACCAAAACCGUGAUUUUGCGUUCGCUUCUUCCCUCCAUAAAAACCUCUCACCUCAACACGUUCCCUUCCUUUCCUUCUAUUCAAUCACCACCAAAAUACCAACUCUUAAGGAUGAAACUUUUGAGUAUAUUCUCAAAAACUCAAAUCGAUCUUCCACCCUUUAUGUCUUCGUCAAGAACAUUAUCUUCUGAUCCCAAGAGUUAUUACCUCAAAAAUUUUCAUUUCCAU